GAGCUUUGGCAGGUGCUGGAAGCCAGGUGAGGCCCCAUCUGCGGAGUCUUGAGAUCUGUGGGGGAAGCUUGAGAUCCAUGGGAACAACUCAAGAUUCAUGGAAUCACCUCAUGGUCCAUGAGAGCACCUCGAGGUCCGUGGGAACACCUAAUGAUCCACGGAACCGCCUCAAAAUCCAUGGCAUCACCUCACAACCCCUGGGACCAUCUCCCCCCAGCGCCUCCAGCUGUGGGAUCACAGCAGGGGUCCCAUCCCAUUCCCCUUUCCCAUAUUCUACAUUCCCUGUCCCCUGAAGGGGUCACAGGGGUAGUCCCACAUCCCACAUUCCCCAUCCCAUAUCCCACAUUCCCUGUCCUCCGUCCCCAUAUCUCACAUUCCCCGUCCCACAUCCCGCCUUCCCCAUCCAAUACCCCACAUGCCCCGUCCCAUAUCCCACAUUCCCUGCCCCAGGAGGACGGCCAGGUGCGGGUGCUGCGGCGCCAGGUGGAGGAGACGCUGCGGGGCAGCCGCAUAGUGGCCGUGUGCCAGUACAACUCCAUGCCGGACGAGGACGUGGCCAUGUUCCGGCACUACCUGCGCAAGCACAACAUCCACGUCAAGUUCGUCCUCAACGAGAUUGUCAGGCCGGUGCUGGCGCAGUCCAAGUACCGCAAUCUGCUGCCGCUGUUCGUGUGCCAGAACAUCCUGCUGGUGAGCCCGGAGACUCGGGCCAGGGAGAUGCUGCGUGUGCUCAAGGGAGUGCCCCAGGUCAACCUGCUGGGUGCCUGCAUCGACGACACGAUCCUGAGCCGGAAGGGAGUGGAGAACUUUGCCCAGCUGCCAUCCCUGGAGGUGUCCCAGGGGCAGACGGUGGCAGCCCUGUCCCUGCUGUCCUCCCAGACCUCGUCCCUGCUCCAGCGGGGUCCAGCUCACCUCACGGCACUCCUGGAUGAGCACAUCCGACGGCUGCGGGACACGGGGGGAGCCACGGAGCCUCCCCCAGGCCAGAGCACUGGGAAUCUCUGAUGCUGGAAACUGGGAACCAGUUCCUUCCCUGGUUGUGGGACAUGGAGAGCCCCCCCCCGAUAAGGGAUUGGGGGAUCAUGGACACAUGGAAUCAGCUCCAGCUCCAGAGAGAGGGGUCAGGGACUGGAGGUUUGACCCUGAGGGUCUUGUGGGCCCCCCCCCAGUCCCGUCAGGGAGUCGUGGCUUUCCUUUGUGCUCCCUUGAGAAUGUUCCAGCUGUGAUCAGGGACCUCUGGGAUCAGCCAGAGGAGGAGGAGGAGCACAGAAUGGACCCCCCACGGGGGAUUUUGGGCACUCCAAGCCCCUUGCCUUUGGAAUGGGGGUGUGCUGGAACACUCAUCCCACCCGUGGGAUCACUGUCAUGUCCAUUAAAGCUUCUGUGUGGAGA